CGCAGGACAGGGAGUGAGUGUAGUGGUUAAUCGCGGGAUCUGCAAAGCAGUUCCGUGUAGCGCGUCCGGGUAGCCGCCGGCACCAUGGCAGAUCAGUCUUUUGUGACGCUAGCUACCAAUGAUUCUUACGUGAAAGGAGCGCUUGUGUUGGGGUCAUCUCUACGGAACUCCAGGACGACAAAGAGGCUGACAGUACUUAUAACUCCUCAUGUCUCUGAUCCGAUGAGGCAAGUAUUGGAAAAAGUCUUUGAUGAAGUAAAGCCCGUGGAUGUAUUGGAUAGCGGAGACUCUGCCCAUCUUGCGCUACUCAAAAGGCCUGAGCUUGGUGUUACGUUGACAAAAAUCCACUGUUGGGAACUGACGCAUUAUUCAAAGUGUGUGUUCAUGGAUGCUGAUACAAUGGUGUUGUCCAAUAUUGACGAACUGUUUGAAAGAGAAGAGCUUUCGGCAGCACCAGAUCCUGGCUGGCCAGACUGUUUUAAUUCUGGAGUCUUUGUCUUCCAACCUUCCAUUGAAACAUUCAACCAGCUGUUACAACUUGCCACAGAAAAAGGCAGCUUUGAUGGUGGGGACCAGGGAUUAUUAAACACCUUUUUCAGCAGCUGGGCCACUACAGACAUUAGCAAGCAUCUGCCUUUUAUUUAUAACCUAAGCAGUAUUUCAAUCUACUCCUACCUCCCUGCAUUUAAAGCGUUUGGGACAAGUGCAAAAGUGGUGCACUUCCUAGGAAGAAUGAAGCCCUGGAACUACUCCUAUGACUUCAAAGCAAAAACUGUAAAAGACGAUGCUCAUGAUCCCACAAUGGUUCAUCCAGAGUUCCUCGACAUGUGGUGGGAUACCUUCAUCACAAACAUUUUGCCAUUACUACAGCAGCAUGGUGCCAUUAAAGACACAGCCACUGGUGUAAAGGCGGAAGAGGUAACAGAGGCAGUGUCCCACCUGUCGCUUUCCUCUGCGCCACUGACAUCUUUGCCACCAUCACCACCGGCCAUGUCUUCAGAAGAAAGAAAAGAGCGAUGGGAGCAGGGCCAGGCUGACUACAUGGGAGCAGACAGCUUUGAUAACAUCCAGAAGAAACUUGACAGCUACCUCCAGUAGAGAAGCACUUGUAUCUGCUCUGCAGACAUCAGCAAUACAAGGACUUGUUCCAGAGCUGUAGCAACUAGGAAAACUCUGAUGGAGGUGGGGGGGCGUCAGUUAAAUUUGUUGGCAGCUCUGCCACUGCUCAGCUGAAGGCUGUUGCACUACCACAUGUAAGAACUGAGCAAAAGCUUGUUUAAGUAUCAGUCCUUGUGCCAAUAUGUGUGCCCAACAGCCAUCUUUUCCUCUUGCACAAAACCUUAUGCUGAACACGCUGUAAAGAACUCGUUGGGAACAAGGCACUUAACUGGCUUGAAACGUACUACUUAGACCUAUAGGACUGUGCUUUACCUCUUUUCUCCCCUCCCCAGAAAACCACAUAUAUAUUUUUGCUUGCUAUGUUUAAAAGAAAUUGGCUAGAAGUUGAGGCAGCUACAGUGGGGAGGGGUUUACAGAAUGGUCAAAAUAUGCAGCAUCUUAUAAAGACACUGCUGUUUGCUCUGCCAGUUCCAGCCAUACUGAAGAUUCAGACCAGAUUUCUAUGCACAGUUCCUACAGCAUGGCAAAAUGCUCUUGUUCAGUUCUGUGUACAUCUUGGGACUAGUAAUAAGUUGCUGAACUGUUACCUGUAACUACACUGAAA